AUGUACAGGCACUGCAAGGCGGCCCUGAAGGAGGUCUGCAAACUGUGCGGAGAGGUCCUGGCGUCCAGGACUCACUGGUACAGGCACAAGUACAAGUUCCACGUGAACAACAACCUGAGCCGGAAGGGCUACAUGGGCCACUUGGCGACUAGGCAUUCUGAGGAACAGGAAGACAUACAGGUGGUGGUUAAGGAAGAGAUUGUCGAGACGUCUGCUGUCAUUCCAGCUGCUGUGAGUGUGCGCAAAAGGAGUAGCGAUAAGAAUGUGGAUUGGGAGGAACAGAGAGUGAAGGAGGAGAAACUGGUGGCGGAUAUCAUCAACAGGGAAGAGAUUGUCGAGACUUUUGCUAUCAUUCCGGCUGCUGUGAGUGUGCGCAAAAGGAGUAGCGAUAAGAAUGUGGAUUGGGAGGAACAGCGGAUGAAGGAGGAGAAACUGGUGGCGAAUAUCAUUAACAGGUCGAAGAAGGAGUGUGAGGCUCAAGGGGCUGCGAUGACUAGAAGGAGAAGAUCUGCGUGUGAGAAAAAUGAUCCAGAUUUCAUCGAACUGAGAACAUUGGCUCAGGUUUGUGAUCGAUAUGACUUGUCAGAUAGAUCUGCAGCUGUGAUAGCAUCAGACCUUCUGAAGGACGCUGGAAUCAUCACAGAGGUAGAUAAUGUUAAUAUUGUAGAUAAAACUGGAGUCAGGGGAGUAAGGAAAAGAAAAAGGCUCUGUUCGCAAGAUAAAGUGUUGAGAAGUCAAUAA